AUGGCCCUUGGUGAUGACGACGAUAUUGGCGCAGAGAAAACUUUUUCAACCAAAAGCAUCCUGAGUCGCUCCAUCUCAACCCGAGGUGCGGAGACCUCAUCACAAGUAGAUACGCUCACGAACUACGGCUACACCGGCACGGCCGGGCAGAUUGAUGUCAAGGUGGAGUCUCCAGACCUGGCGCCUCACCGACCCGGUCAGCCUGCUCACCUGAUGGGCGUUCCCUCAUCGUCAUUGGUGUGA